UCAAAAAGUUUGUUACAUAACAAAACAUCGUAUGAGCUUAAAUUGACGUAUUUCUAAUGUUACCCUGUUUUUAUUGUUUCGUUUCACAAGUGUUAACAUUUUACUGAAAGUCUAGACAAUACUUUAAAUCAAAUCAGGUUUAUUGUCAUUUAUACAUACAUUAACUCUAUAUAAUGUAUUGUGAGCGCUACUGGGGCAUGUUGUCACUAAAAGGUCAACGAGUAUUCGUGACCUCUUGUCGGCAGUAAUGGUGUAAAUGUUUCAAAUCCUUGAACAAAAUGUGUUUCGCCUCUCGGUCUUAUUUCCUGCAGAUGGCAGCAGUUCACAUGCUCUUUUAUAUGCAGAGACAGGAAAUGAUGCCACAUCAUGAGUUUUUCAUCUGAAAACAUUACAGUCUCAUUCAACACCACCAUGAUGCAAAACGUGACAAUACUCCUCUUCAUCACUGUGUUCUUUUCUGGUGCUCUUGGAAGCAAAGCUGAGUGUACGUAUAAAGCCGUGGGUAAAAAGUUUGUGAUUCCUGUGAAUGAUGCUGAAGAAGAAAUACCUCCUGACAGCAGCUUGACCUGGACUCAUAAUGAGACAAUAGUUUUUUUAAAGAAGGGUUCAAAUAUAAAAACAAAAACACACAACAUAAACACCAGAGGAUCUCUGAUACUGGAGAAGCUACAGAUCAUUCACUCUGGAAAAUACACGGCUACAGGCUUCAAUAAAGAUGGAACAUCACGAAAGGGAUCAUCCCUACAGCUGUGUGUGCGAGAUCCAGUGCUUGAGCCUACAGUCACAGUAAAGUGUGAAGAAAGCGGAGCCGUUCUCACCUGUGGAGCUUCAAACAACACUGAGACCACUGUUCUCUGGAUUAAGAACGGAAAUGAAAUGUUAAAUGUGCCAAAUACAGUUUUACACGUCGACUCGUCCGAUCUCAAACAUCGAUUCUCAUGUAACGUGAGAAAUGAGAUCAGUAAUAAGACAUCAAAAGAUGUUCAACCAGGGUGCUUUCACACAGGUCCAACCAGUGAGAAAAGUGAUGAGAAAAACAAUAACAGCAACAAUGAUUCUUCUGAAAAGACAUAUUUGUUUGGAUUGGAUUUGUGGUGGACGUUGGUGCUUGUGUCAGGAGUAGGAAUUGUGAUGCUCAUCGUCGUCUGCUUAGGCUGUGUUUGCUGUCAAAAAAAGGGCAGAAAAGCAAGAGAAGAAGAAGAGUACCGGCUCACUGCUCUAGUGUCGUCGGAUCAAUCGGAUCAGACAACUGAAAGAUCUGAAAGAUUAGCUAAAAGCCAGCGUCCUCUUCCACCCGUCCCCGGCCCCGGCCCCGGCACUCGCUGUCCUCCAUCUCCCCCCUACAUGUGAACUCACCUGACUCUCACUCUUUACAUCACAUCUUUACACAGACAAAAUUACACCAAAUAUAAAUGAACAUUAGUUCCUGUGUAUGUUGGACACUUGCUGACUUCUUUUCCUUAGUCCAAGCCAUACAAAAAAAACAGGUGGACAUAUGUAGUUAAAAACUGUACUUGGGUGACCUUUAGAUCAGAUGAUCUAGAAAAUCAUGUGUUCAUGUCAAGACAUUUGACUGGUAGUGAAUUAAAACGUAUAAGAUUUUGUUCUAUUUAGAUAUAUUUAUUUCAGUUUAA